CGCUGGUCUUGCCCUCCGCUACCAGGAAAAACUGCGUUUGCCGAAAAACUAAGGAAGAUACCGAGAAUGACCGAGUAUGACUGGGACAAGAAAAGUGCCUCAGCUUCAAAUUCAGAUAUGGAAAUGAAACCUGAAAAAAAUCCCCCUUGUGUGAACCCUGGAAAUCCUGUGUUUUCAUGUAUGUUGGACCCAAAGACACUCCAUACAGCUACCUCUCUAUCAAAACCUAAGAUGAUUAUGUAUAAAACCAAUUCAAGUAAUUAUGGUGAAUUUUUACCUAUACCACAAUUUUUUCCUUGCAAUUAUACUCCAAAGGAGCAAGUAUUUUCAAGCCAUAUCAGAGCUACCGGAUUUUAUCAAAAUAACACUCUAAACACUGCGCUGGACAGAACCAGAACCCUUGAUUUUCCUAAUUAUCAACACACUUUGUGAAAAAAUAUUCCUUUGUAUAUUUAAGAAAAUAUACUCAGGACAAGUGAGUUUUUAAACCAAGGCUAGAGUACCAAGUUUGAACUAGAAAAGCAUGUGAAUCAGUUAAAAGAAUACUUUUAAGAAA